AUGUCCCCACCUGUGCAGACGUGGAUCACAGGAAACAUUGUAAUGGUUAUGGGAAUCAGAGCUCGCCAUUAACUGCUUUGGUCUGGGCAGCAGCUUGGCUGAAUUCAGAGGAUGGCUAUUACUGCAUGUGAUGAGUGGCUGGAUUUCUCAGAGCACAGAAGGAGAGAUGCCGGUUGUGGUGGAGGGGCUGAGGAGGACUGUGAGGAGGGAGAAAGAGGAAAAGGAGGGGUGAAAAGAGAACAGAAUACAUUGCCUGUGCACAACUGGAUGCAGCCGGAAGUGCAGCAGCGCCUGUGGGAGGCAAGAAAAAGAACCUGCCUGGAAUGGAGGAGAGCGAUGCAGCACAGUUGCUGUUGUCAGGACUCCCUCCACCUUUCAUCUGCCGCCACGCUGGAUUCUGUGUUAAUGAGAAAGAGUCGGAGCAGCUCUGGGAUGUCUAAGAGACCAGCUGUUUGUGUUCAACUUUGACAUGAUGCUUAAAGCAGGAGAGGCGACCACUUUCCAUGUAUUACUGCUGAUGCUGCUUCCAUCUCUGUGCUGGUACCACCUGUGUCACUCUUUUCAGGUUCCAAAUCUCUCCUCCUAUGCAAAAGCAGAGGAUAAACUGUUCAAAUACCUCUUUCAAAACUACCAGAAAUGGGUUCGUCCAGUGGAGUACCUAAACCAGACCAUCAGUGUGAAGUUUGGGUUGGCCAUCUCCCAGCUGGUUGAUGUGGAUGAGAAAAACCAGUUAAUGACAACUAAUGUUUGGAUGAAACAGGAAUGGGUUGAUAUGAAAUUGAGAUGGAGCCCUGAAGACUUUCUGGGCAUCACAACCAUUCGUGUUCCCUCAGACAGGAUCUGGCUUCCUGAUGUUGUACUUUAUGACAAUUCAGAUGGACGUUUUGAGGGAACUAUCACUAAGGCCGUCGUCAAGUACGACGGGACCAUUUCAUGGAAUCCACCAGCCAACUACAAGUCCGCCUGCACCAUCGAUGUAACCUUCUUCCCAUUUGACCUCCAGAACUGUUCAAUGAAGUUUGGAUCCUGGACCUAUGACGGCUCACAAGUGGACAUCCUUCUGGAAGAUUUCCAUGUGGACAAGCAGGAUUAUUUUGACAAUGGAGAAUGGGAGAUAGUGAAAGCAACAGGCAGCCGUGGUCUCAGAACUGAUGGCAGCAGCUCCUAUCCCACCAUCACCUAUUUCUUUAUUAUCCGCAGGCUGCCUCUUUUCUACACUCUCUUCCUCAUCAUCCCUUGCAUUGGCCUGUCCUUUCUCACCAUCCUUGUCUUCUAUCUGCCCUCAAACGGAGGUGAAAAGAUCUCUCUCUGCACCUCGGUGCUGGUGUCGCUCACAGUCUUCCUCUUGGUCAUUGAAGAGAUCAUCCCUUCUUCUUCCAAGGCAAUCCCUCUUAUUGGGGAAUACCUGGUCUUUACCAUGAUCUUUGUCACACUCUCAAUCGUCAUCACCGUCUUUGCCAUCAACAUCCACCAUCGCUCCUCAUCAACACAUCAUGGCAUGGCACCGUGGGUGAGAAGGAUUUUCCUACAUCGGCUACCUAAGCUGCUAUGGAUGCGUAGCCAUGUGGACCGCUAUGCUGCAGCCAGAGUGCCUGAAUCAGAAAGAAAUGUUGGAUUAGGGAAGAUGACAAACCCAAGCCCUGAGCUCACUCCACUUCUCUACACCCAGCACAACCUCCAAGCAGCUUUGGAAUCUAUUCGCUACAUCACCAUGCACGUGGUUAAAGAAAACCAGGUCAGAGAGGUGGUGCGAGACUGGAAGUUUGCUGCUCAGGUCCUGGAUCGAAUGUUUCUGUGGGCCUUCCUUCUGGUGUCAGUUCUUGGAUCUGCUCUCCUUUUCAUCCCAGUCAUUCACAAAUGGGCGAGCAUCAUCGUCCCUACUCAUCCCGGCAGCACUUUCUAGAAAUGUCUUUAAUCACAACGGGAGGUGAAAGAAAAGCACAUUAACUGCUCUUCAGACCAUCUGAGACAUUUGAAUGACAGUGCAGACUAUUCACGACAUUCCUUUGCAUUCGAUUUCUGAUAUACUAUUGUGCCAGAAAUAAUGCUGCAACUCUGAACACAGUAAUUGCUGACUGGACAUGUGUACAUGUGCAUUUUAUAGUAUUAUUCUAAGCUUGUUUCUAAAGAGCAGCUGGACAGGAAAAGCAACAAAAGAAAAAGUAGAUACAUAUUUAUGUAGUUUAAAUCAUGACAACUGCCGUAGCAAUGGACAGGACAACAUAACCCAGGAAGAACAUAUCCUUUGAGUAAAAGCAUGUCAUUAAUAUGACAUUCGUUUUGUUUAAUUUUGCAUUUUUCUUAAUGCGUAGAUGUAUAGAAUAUUUUGCAUCAGGACACUUGUAAUUCUGGUGCAUAAUUUCAGCAGUAAAACUCUCUUUUUCUUUUUAUCAUAAGCUUUCUAUUAAGAGGCAUUCUGGAAAACAUUUUCUGAGCUAAACAUAGGAGCUUGUUUGCUGAUUCCUUGCAGAUUUUCUUGUCAGGACUUGAAGUUUCCCUGCAAUCUGCUUCCUUUCAGAGUAAACAUCUUGAAUUCCUUCUAAGGGUGGGUCACAUUUUUCAGUAACAACAAAGUUCAGGCAUGGUUUUGGACUCUGGGGUGCCCAACCUCAGUCCUGGAGAACUACUAUCCUGUAACUCGUUUGUUUCAUCAACAUCCCUGGGUGACUUGAAUGUUUUGCUAAAGGCCUCUGCAGAGCUGAAGGACUUAAGAGGGAAUUCAGUCAUUUGAGGUUUAGCUUAGCAUAUAGAACACGUGUUCUGUUAACUGGAAUCUACUUACAGACUAACAAUAGUCAAUGGGCUUUUUACUGGAGCAUUCAAUGCCUCUAAGUGGCCACACACCUAUAAAAUAUGAUGUUCUCCUGUAUAAGGUCACAAGAGAACAAAAUGCCUUGCACAGCAUUUUCCUGUUAUGUAAGGCAGAAAAAUGAGACAAUUUUCCAAAAGAGAAAAUGUUGAUAAAUUAAAACUACAAAAUCAGAAGGUCAUGAAGACAGAAGAGGUGACGACAAGAAUUAGUUCAGCUACUCUGCAGAGGAAGCUCAUUUAAGCUGCUUACAUCCAGAAUCCUGUUCUUUUGCUUAUGAUUUACUGUAUAUCUCAUGAUUGUAGAUGAAGUUUCAGAACACAUGAGACUAUGGCGUCCGGGUCACUGGAGCUAACUCUCAGUCUGGCCAGUUCCUAUUCAACUGUGUACUGCAUAACUGCAUACUGAAAAUAAUUUGCUAUAUAAAAUAAAUAAAUAUAUAUACAAAUGUGUUUAUGCUAUACAGUGCUUGUCAGUAGUUUACGUAAGGCAAAAUCAGUGUCUGUCACUACAGACAUUUGGGAGUUUUAUUACUGCAUUUUAACUGUUCUUUUUUCAUGAUAGGAUGAAUUUUCAAAACAAAAUAGUCAAAAUUAAAGACAGAUAGACUCAAAUAUACGCAAAUCUAGCCUUUUAUUUUAACAAAUACCCAAUAGUCUUUUAUCAGGAUCAUACAAUGCCAUUUGGGAAUUAUGACAUAUGAUUGAUCAUUCA